AGGUAACUGCGUAUUGUUACCAACAUGUUCGUUAAUACUCUCACUUUGAGCGAGUUUAAUAUCUCGCACAUUUUUCUGUUGGGCCUGGGAGGCAACGGCUAUGUUAGGCGAGGAUUGCUGAUCGCUAGGAAAGGCUAAUGUUGACAUCACAGGAAGUAAGUUUGUAGGAGUGAAAAACACGUUUCUAUCUCUCGGCAACAUGAGGUCAAUAGAAAGAUGUGGCAGUGGUACUUGAACUUGACUCAGUAACCAACACAUUUACCCGAAGUGUCAGCCAUUUGUCUCACUUCAAUGUAAAUUGGAUCUAGGAAAUGUUGAUGUUAGAUGACCAAUGAGCUAGAAGGCUGUUGAAACGACCCUUUCUUGUACUUUGACAAUCUUUGACUAAGUCACCUUAUUUGGUCUUUGUAGAUUGCACGUACGGUAAAGUGUAUUUGAGUGUGUGUGUUUAGAAUUCAUUACAGAAAGCUUGGCUACAGUAUUUCACUUCCGUAGUGCGGUUGCUGAGUGUUGCUGUGAUACGUUAAUGUUCCACCUCCAUUUCGUUAGUUUUUAUUGCUACAAGCUUAUUCAAUGCACGUGUUAUACCGAUGCUGACUGUAAAGAGGGACGCCCGGGGCUAGGGUGUGUUUAGACUGUGAAACAUCAUUAGAUAAUCAGGUUUAAUCACGAGAUUUGUCUCUUUCCAUUUCAAUUUCAUUAAUCUAUCAAUCUCAGGACAUUUUGCGUUCUAUGUCAGCGCCUUUCUACCUCUUCAACUAUGGAGAAUUCGACACUGAGUGAAACUUUUGUUCAGACAACUGAACCAGCAUUUAUGGUGUAUACGUCCUAUUUCAUGAGGCAGAUAUUUGCGGCAUUGAGUAUUACCUUAGCCGUCGUUGGACUUGUUGGUAACGCAAUGGUCAUCCUGGCCGUGCCACUGUCGAAGAAACUACGUACAGUCGCCAAUGCUUUUGUGAUAAACCUCAGUAUUAGCGAUUUGAUAACUUGUGCGCUUCUCCCUAUUGAGGCUAUGGCUGUAUUGAGUGAAGAUGGCUGGCCGCUCCCACACGCUUACUGGCUGUGUGUGAUGACUAGUGUCUUCAUCAUUCUCAGCACGGGUUGCAGCUCGACGAAUUUGGCCCUCAUAGCCAUCAAUCGAUGGGUACGAAUCACCAGACCACGCAUCGUUGCUCAUCGUAUUUACACUUGGCGUAAAAUCACCCUGAUGUUGGUAUUCUCGUGGCUGAUGCCUCUUUGCGUGACCCUAGUCCCACCACUGGCUGGGUUUGGUGAACUUGGCUACGAACCUCGAUAUAGCUUUUGCGCCUGGGUUAAAGCCAACCCUAAGUCUUUCCACCACAACAUUAUUGUAGGAGUCUUCUAUGCUCCCAUCCAACUCAUCAUCAUUACGUUUUGCUACGGUUCGAUUUUCCGGUACAUGGUCAAGACAUCCCGUCGCAUGGUCCAACACGAAGUUAACACUGUCUCAAGCUUUGUGAGCGGCUCAAACACGUCCAUACAAAAGACUCUUUGGAAAAGGCAAAUCAUAGUUACUAAAAACUUAGUCUACGUUGUUUGUACAUUUAUGGUUUGUUUGUUUCUCUUCUUGUUUUCUCUCUUGCCAUUGGGAUAUGACUGGAGCAUUCGAAUGACGCCUUACAUCUUUGCUAUUGUGUACUGUAACUGUAUCAUUGAUCCGAUCAUCUACGCAGCGUCGCACCCAGAUUUCAAGGACGUUUUCAGAUACAUGGUUAGAUGCCGAUGGAGGAAUACCCCUUAAUGAAAUGCCAAUUUUGUGUUGAUCUGAAGAUGCUGUAAAUCUUAGGCAUGGACUUAUGACAUUAACGUGCUCUUGUUGGGACACGUUGAUAUGCUAUGUCUUUUACCUCUUCUGCGGUUAAUUUGAUGUAAUAUAAAGUUUAAAGUAAGUGUGUAUUAAAGACAAUUGACCAUUGUUACUGCUAUACAUAAGAGGGUGGGUUAGUUUGUUGAGUGGUUUUCUCCGUUUCCUAUAGUGAUGAAAAUGCUGAUAGCAAUCAGCUGAAUAUUGGAGUAAUUUGAGAAAUUCUGUGACUGGUUUACAACAAGUAAGUGUGAGUCGGUUCAAGGAAUACAGUGUAUUUAUAGGCCAUGAUAAGCUUAGGUAACAAAGAUUCUGUGCCUAGAGAAAUGUGUACUCUAGAACAAUAAGACAUUAAAACAAAUUACUUCCACAAUCCACACCGGAAAAGUUACUAAUUGUUUUUUUAAUUACCUGUUCUUACUUGAUAAACAAGGACUUUUCCUUUGUAAUCUAACUCACCAGUUA